GAGAGGUUCAACAUCCAGUCGUUAUCAGCGUCGUCAUUUUUAUCGCAAUAUCCGUAUUCAUAAAACCCUCUGAGUAAACAGGCUAUUAGCAGUCUAGCGGUUGUGACAGCAGACCGGAGUUUAUGCUGGAAACUAAAUACGAGAUGUAUGACGCGUGCAUAAGUAUCACGUAGUUGUGUUUCAUUCUACACGUCCAUCUUGUGCGAAGAAACUUGUGGAACUAAGCAAGGCUCAGGAUACGCAAACUGAGCGUGUGUUGUGAUUUUUCAUGCUUUACUAAGCCCUGCUGUUUUUCUACAAUGAACAUUCUGUUGAUUACAACAUUGACUCUGGCAACCUGUCUUCAUCUUGCCAAUGCAGAAUGUAAGUUCCUUUGUAAUGGACAAGAUUGCAGGCCUAACACGAAUGUUAACGUCGACGAAGAGAGUUCGGGACCUCAGGAUGUGUACCAAGUUUUCGUCACCAAUGAAAGUGCCCCAAUCGUGGAGUACACGAACUGCACCGGCGCCCAUUGUAAUAAGUUUGAAUUCGAUGAUGCCGAUAAAAAAGUAAAAAUGAUUGACAACAGCGGUAGUCUUCCUGACUUUGAUGCUCAAUCCGGCUCGCCGAUUCCCGAGCUUGUAGCAACGUUUUCUUUAAAAUGCGAAGACGCUACACUUGACGUAAGCAUUCGGACGCAGAAUAUUAAUGACAAUUUGGCCAAAUUUGAAAACGCUGAAUACAGUGCAACUAUCCCGGAGUUAACGAAGACAGGAGUAGUUGUCCCAUUAGAUGACAUCAUUCUGACGGAUGAGGAUCGCUCAGAAGAGAAUUUGAACAUCAAUCUUCAAGACUUGAAUAACGAUGAAAUCCCGUUCCAGUUUGAGGCAGACUUUGGCAGUCUUAUUUCCACUGACAAAGUGACAAUCCGGAUCAAAGUUAAGAAUCCACCUGCCGUCGAUUUUGAGCGGCAUCCAGGCUACAUAUUGACACUCUCUGUUAAUGAUACCCAAGUUGGACCCUACCAAAACAGUGUAACAACGGCCACUUUGAACAUCACCAUUGAAGACUUGGAUGACAAGGACCCAAGGUUUUUGAAUGACUCCUACAUGGCCACAACAAGUGAAGGAUACACUGGUCCACUCGAGGUCCAACCGCCAAUCGAAGCCAAAGACCAAGACUCCUUAAAUAUUCCUGUCAAGUACAGUAUCGCAGGUGCUGCACCCUGUUCGUCAGGUAGUUUUAUGAUCGAUGAAAACCAAGGUAACAUUAGUGUCAUCAACGCCGUCCUGGAUGCUGGCGAAUGUGCGAUUCAGCUUCGGGCGGAGCAAGCAGACGACGAUUCCCGCUUUGCCACAGCUAUACUUGUUCUAACCAUCAACGAUGUGGACUCAAACUGUCCCUACUUCGUCGACAAAUCUAUCACCGGUAGAAUUGAUCCUGAUGACAGAGAUGCUUAUGUCAUCGACGGAGUGGAUCUUUUGAGCCUUGAAGCGAAGGAUGACGACAAGGAAUUCGUAGGGAAUAUAACCCUUUCGGAGGAGAAUCACCCAUUCCAGUUGGUAAUAAGUGACGAGACAAGCAACCCGCGCAUUGUACGUUUCAAAGUAAAGGAGACACUUUCCUUGGAAGUCAACCAAACUUACAGUCUACAGGUUGAAGCACAAUCCGAAAGCUGCUUUGACGCUGCCAGUGUUAGCAUUACAGUUGCAAACCUGGAUCCUGUUUACAAUAAAACUAGAUAUGAUACCACUAUAGAGGAGGGUCGAGUUUACAGUGAUUCUAUACUACAGGUCACCGCGGAAUCCAGUGCCCCGCCAGGAGAAAUAACCUACGUUUUGAAGUCGGCUACAGAUGGUGGUGAUAGUUACUUCUCUGUGGAUGCCACAUCGGGUGAGAUCAAGGUUCCGGAGAAAACCGACGCAGAGGAGGUGGAAAGAUUCAUCCUUUUCAUCGAAGCUCAGGAUAACAUGUGGCAGCCGGCAAGGAUUUCAUUCGCCAACGUGUAUGUCACUGUCAAGGAUGUCAAUGACAAUGUCCCAGUGUUUGAAGACACGGCAUACGACAAAAGCAUACCAGAGAACUACGAAGUUGGUGACCUGGUUCUAACUGUCAGGGCUCGAGAUGCCGAUAGGGAUGACGUCUUAGAAUACAUGAUUGAUGUACCUGACUUACCAUUUGUUAUUCGCAGUGAAACAGGUGAAAUAAUUCUGAAUAAAACUCUGGACGUGGAUGCUCCUAACAGUCAAGCAGAGUACAUGUUUGCUGUCAUCGUUUCGGAUGGUAACGAGGACCAUGAUCAGUCUGUCAAUGUAACCAUCAGUGUCCAGGAUGAGAAUGACAAUUCACCAGUAUUUGAUGGCGAAUACAGCUGGGAUUUAACAGAAGAGGAAUUGAUAAACUACGAAGUAUUUCAGGUGUUCGCUACAGACGCGGAUGUAGACACUGAACUAACUUACUCUUUGGAAUACACACCAAACAACAAAUACACCUUUGAAAUCCUGAAUGACCAGGUUGGCAACAUAACUGUGAAUGGUACUUUUGACCGGGAGGAACAGAGUGAAGUAGAGGUGACGGUGAGAGCAAGUGAUGGUUUGAAUAUUCCAGUCAAGAAGGUGAAGUUCAUCAUCUUGGAUGUAAACGAUCAACGACCAGCUUUUGAUUCCAGACUAAGCUGUUCCUCAUCUUCACCUUUCGAAAUCAGCGAAACCGCUGAAAAAGACACGCCUGUUUGUCAGUUUAGGGCUACGGAUGAUGACAAACCGAAUACCAUCAACUCAGAAAUCACCUAUUCGUUGCUGGGCGAAACAGAUUUUGGGAUCGAGGGAGAUGGUGAAGACUACCGACUCAUUGUCAAUGGUACCCUGGAUAGAGAGACUAAAGAGUUAUAUGACAUCACAAUCAUGGCAAGUGACUCGGGAACACCACAACUCAACAGCACCUUGGAACUCAAAAUUAUCUUGACUGACGUGAAUGAUAACGCACCUGCAUUUGACCAAUCAAGCAGAGACAUUGUCUUGGAAGAAGAGGAUUCCUACGCCGCAGGAAGUUUGGUUGUUGGACUAACUGUGACUGAUCAAGACAAGAACAGCUUCUUUGUUUAUGAGGCAGUCGGGGAUAACGUGGACUCAUUUUUUGUUAGACCAACAGACAAUGGUUGUGAGGUCUUCGUCAGGAAGACAUUGAUAGACUCUGGACAGCCUUACAUCAUCCUCAUCACAGUCAGCAACCCCGACAAACCAGAACUUGUUGAUGAUCGCAGCACAAUCCGGUUGAGAAUUUUUCCAGGGAAAGUUCAGUGCCUGCAAUUUAUUCCUCAGAAUCCUAGCCUGACACUUUCUGCUCCGCUAGACAACUCAACAAUCAUUGACAUGGAUGUCAACUAUACCUGCACAGACAACUUAGAUACUUCAUACAUUGAGUUUGAAGAACAAACAGAGACAUACAGAGCAGACCAAAAUGAUGUUGGUGGCCAAACUGAUUUCUUUUCUAUUGAUGAGUUUACUGGUGAGAUUAAUGGGAAUUCAGCAGCGCCCGUUGGUCUUUACUCCAUUACUCUUGAAAUGUUCAACAGCUCUGAUGUUAACAACAGCAUACGAGCCAACACCAAGGUUGAAGUGAGAUUGGUUCCAAUUGACAACGCCGCUCCACAAUUCUCUGCUGAAGUAUUUGUGUUACCGCCCCUUAUCCUGCCCCUUGACAUGGACAGAGAGCUUUUUGAUCUGACGCCGAAUGUCACUGAUGAUGAUUAUCCACAGUUUGGAAAUGGCGAGUUGAUGUUUGAUAAAUUGAAAGAGGAAUGCUUGGAUUGUACUGAGACAGAUGUGAUUCAAGUAACGCCUAAUGGUAAGCUGUUCCUUGCUGUGGAGUCAACAACCAUCACUGCUCUAUCGCUCAAUGUAACUGUGCGAGUACAGGAUCGAGCGCUGGUGCCUCUCAAUGACACAGCGCUCGUGAGUAUCUCUCUCAAACAACCUAGUACCAGCCCGCCCACAUUUACCAAGGAAUGCACGGCUCCAGUGAGAAUUGAAGAGCUACCAGUCAUCUAUGGCUUCAGGAGGCAAGAACCAGGAAAUUUCAGCCUCAACUCAGAGACAGGCCAGAUAUACACCACAAGGCCCUUCGAUUACGACACAGAAGACAGAAUGUUUGAGCUAAUUGUCUUUGCAAGCACUAGUGAGACAAGCCCAGAAAGGAUCACCGUGGUUACUGUGGAAGUUGUGGACAUCAAUGACCAUGCUCCCACAUUUACACAGGAGGACUAUACCUUUGAGUUUGAUGAAGACACAAAUGAUGCCCUUUGCAGCCAGCAUAAAUGGUCCAUCAAAGCAACAGAUGACGACUCCACACCAGUCAAUUCCAUCAUUCAGUACUCCAUUGUUGGUGACAGUGUAGAUUUUGACAUAGAUCCUUCUUUGGGCAUCAUCACCAAAAUCCGCUGCAUUGAUGCUGAGAAUGCCAACUACACAUCAGGCUUGAUCACACUGACCAUCAAUGCAACCAACCCAGAUGCCGAACGUCAACUUAUGAGUUCUGUAGAAGUUACUUUCAUCAUUCGGGAUAUGAAUGAUAAUUCACCUACCUUUGACCCCGUGGACAUGCCUCCUGAGCGGUUUCCCUAUUUGCCAUCCUUUUCUGAAAUAGUGAAUGUCACAGCAACAGAUAAGGACGUGAGUGAGUUCAACAGUGGUAUUGAGUAUUCCUUGGACACACCUGAGCAAGCUGCUAGUGUGUUUCAGUUUUUCACUAUUGACCCUACCAGUGGUGUCAUCAGUACAUUAAAUGUGACUGAUGGAGUGAUUGGAGAGACAGCUGAUUUAGUGAUCCGAGUGAAUGCUCGUGAUAAGGGAGCCCCACCACGGUCCGCCCCUGAACCAGCUCGUGUUGUCAUCAUCGUGAAUCCUACCUACAAGGAUGAACCGUAUUUCAGAGAAGACCACAGACAACAAGAGAUUUCCAUCCCAGAGAAUGCAGAAACGUGUUCCAACCCAUUCACUGCCCCAUAUCUUCCAAACAACAAGGAACUCAGAGUUCUCUACACUAUCGACCAAGUUGUUCCACCGUCUGCCAUUGACCAAUUCUGCCUGAAUUUCACUGACCUGAUGACUCCAAGUCUUUGCACCAAACAAAUGCUGGAUCGCGAGAAUUCCACAGAAUACACCAUCACAGUAAGGGCAAGCUCAUGCAACACAUCCGUCAGCAACUGUGAGCCUGGCAACCAGUGUGGGGUCAAAAGACAAGCUGCAAUAAGAGCCCUGAACGGUCCAGACUUUAGCUUUGUGGUUAUACGACUUCUCGUUGACGAUAUCAAUGAUGCCAAUCCUGAGAUUGAGAAAGAUUUUGUAGCUGGUGCCAAUAAGUUCCUGAUAGCCGUGCCAGACGACACCAAAUAUGGUGCUAAAAUCUUCCAAGUCCAGGCAACAGAUGAAGAUGCCACUUCAGAUUUGGCGUACACCUUAGAGACCGAAGACAAAACACUCCCUGCAUUCUCCUUUGACCAGUCCAAUGGAAUCUUGCAAGUCCGUGACAUUGUCUCCAACUACUUAGAUGAUGCCAGUGUUGACCCAGCCAAAGAGCAAGCAUCUUACAAUGUCACCUUCAAAGUCACCGAUACCCUUACAGAUGAUCCAAGCAAAGCAUCGGCCGAAGUCCAGGCAAAGAUCAAGGUGUUGUACAUUUUCGAGCAUGCUGUCUUAGUGAUCAACAAGACACCAACGGAGGUAGAAACAGAGCAGUCCACAUAUCUUGAUUGUCUUUCCAAGAGCCUCGGUAUCACCCUGGUAUCAGAACGCCUUGAAGCUCACCUUGUAACUGACGUUAAUGGAGUGUCCACCAUCGACGACAAGAGAACUGACCUCUGGGUGUACGCAAUUGAUGUGAGUAAAGAUGGCGGCUCAUUUAUCAAAUACUGGGACAUCAAAACGAAAUGGGACUCUUCUAGCUCUGCCAUUUCUAACUGUGGUUGGGAAAUCAUCAUUCAACCUGUUCAACCUCCAGCCGUUGCUAAGCACAUGUAUGAUGUAUCCAUGAUUCUUGGGAUAGCUUUGCUUGUACUAGCAGGUUUGAUUGGUGUUGCUUCCAUUCUGAUGAUUGUUGCUGUUCUCUACAUGUGGAAAGAUGUCAAACUUCAAGGUGGUCGGCAGAUUUCUCGCAAGUUGGACAUGUUAAUGUUGGAGAAAGAUCAGCUUGGGUUUGAGAACCAAGGAUUCCAAGAUGACGAAUCAAUUGAGGAGGCAUCUGUAGCGCAUGCAAGUGAAAUUGAGGAAGAAGCUCAAGUCUGUCUCGUAGAAACUGCCGUCGGAGCAGAUGAAGAAUUACCGAGAUAUAUAGAAGUCCCUGUUGUUGCGGCCCAAAUCUCACCAUUGCAGAAAGGACCGGAGUAUUAUGAAUCACAGGAGCUUGUGCUUGACUUCUUGGAGUAUGAGGAGGACGAGGAUCUAGGAGUACCCAACUUUGCCCAUAUUCACACAAAGGAAUACAACGAGGAACAAUUUCCUAAUCUUGUACCUGCUAGCAUUGAGGUUGUGAAUGAGCAGCAGGGUCAUGCCAGUGACAAGCCAGAUGACCAGGACAAUGACAAGCUAGAAGUCAUAUCAGAUCACAAGCAAGAUGAUGAGCCAGAGGACAAUCGAGAGGACAAGCCAGAUGAUGUGUCAAGCGAUGAGUCAGAUGGCAACUCAGAUGAAGUGUCAGAUGGCACAGUAGAGGGCAAGAUAAAUGAAGAAACAGAUGACAAGCAAGAUGACAAACUGGAUGACAAGCCAGAUGACAAGCUGGAUGACAAGCCAGAUGACAAGCUGGAUGACGAGCCAGAUGACAAACUGGAUGACAAGCCAGAUGACAAGCUGGAUGACAAGCCAGAUGAUAAGCCAGAUGAUAAGCCAGAUGAUAAGCCAGAUGAAAAGCCAGAUGACAAGACAGAUGAUAAGCCAGAUGACAAGACAGAUGAUAAGCCAGAUGAUAAGCCGAAUGAUAAGCCGGAUGAUGAGCCGGAUGAUAAGCCGGAUGAUGAGCCGGAUGAAAUGCCAGAUGACAAGCCAGAUGACCAGCAACCAGAAGUAGCCACAAAAGAAGACGAAGAUUCUCCUUCAGAAGGACAAAGCUCUGACACAUUUCCCCCUCCCCCAGAGGAAAGAGAGGGCAACCAAGGUCAUGUGACACAAGCAACCCCCAAAUCAGUCCACUUUGAUCUACCUGAUCAGGGUUCUGACCGGAGUAGUUCCUCAGCUUCAUCAGAUAGCACUCCCCUGAUGGACUUUGGAAUUGGAAUGGUACCAGACUAUCUGGAAGAGCUUGAAGUUACCCAGCUGUAACUUUGCUGUAGGAAUCCACCAGACAUGAUCAGCUUUAAACCGUCAUUGUUUACAGCUCUUGGUCACGAUAAUACCCGCCUUCAAUUUGUAGUUUUACAUUUCAUUUGAAGCGCUUUGCAAGAUCCGCUUUGCAAGAUCCAAAACAAAAUUCUUUAAUUAUGAAUUUUCACACAUUUUAUAGAACAUAAUUGUAUAUUAAGGAUAUGCAGCAAUAGAAGUAGAUAGAGUUACAAAGUACCUGUGUAGAUUUUCAAAUGAGUGCCUUUACACUAUAGCACAUUACAUUGUUACCAAAAUGUACCUCAAAAUUCCUUAUAUUAACUAGCCGUAACAGUUAAAUCCUCCGAUUUUUAGAGUUUUACACACCCUUUAGAGUCUGGAUUAAUAUGCAGCCGUAACUUCGACAUGCAAGUGAUGACUCAGAAGUGCCUUUUGAAUGUUUACAACACCUUGAUGUUAAUGAACAUCCGACUCCAUGUGCCUUAAAAUUUUUGCUAAUCUUUCCAUAAUGUUAACUGUAUAAUAUAGGGUUUACUGUAUCGUAGCCAUUGCCGUCUCCGCCAGCUGCAGAAACAGUCUGAACCAAUUUGUAGCAUUAACGCUUUUGUUUUUGCUCAUUGUUUUAACUAAUUGCUGUGUCUUGAUUUCGUCCGUUUUGCCAAAUUGAAUGUGGUACAAAAUUGCUUUGUUAUCACUCUAAAAGGUAUUUCUUUAUAGAAGCCUUUAUACGUGAUCUAGACAAGGAAAACCAUAGAAGGCAUCACCCGUUUGGUGCUCAGAGGAUAAUUAAGUGAAGUGCUGCAUAUAUUUUAUGCAACUUGGUGUGCUUCAAGUUAAUAUUUUAUGUUUUAUGUCCGAGAAUCGGAGAUAAACUGUGCCUCAGCUAUUACCUUACUUAUACCCAGGACAUCCACAGUAGACGUAAGAUACCACCAAUCCCGUUUAUCAAAAUAUUUUAUAAACUGUGCCUUAGCUUUGCGUUUCUUAGCUUAAUUUGUUGUUCAUGUACACAGAUCUAAACAUUUUAACAAUCUAAACAGUUUAACUUUUUUAUUGCAGCGAUUUAGGAAAACAAAUGAUUUCUAAUGCAAGCUA